AUAAGAGACGUUUUUGUCCUCUCUGUUCGAGCUCACUCUUCUCGCUCCAUUUCUCCUCUCGCUACUGUUUUUUCCUUUUCUUUCUGAAAUGGGAUGUGGAAAUUCCUCUCCAGCCAAACACAUGACUAACAACAACAGCAGCAGCAAGCGCAGCAGAGAUCCUGCUGAGUUUUCAUCAAAGCUAUCAGUUGAGUCAGUGCCAGAAGAUGACAAACGGAAGAACUAUGGAGGUGUGUACGUGGGGUUGCCUACAGACCUGAGCAGCAUACCCCAAGUCCAGAUUGGCUCACUCAGAGAGCCUCCGAGAGACUCGCUGUCCCUCAGGAAACCGCUGUGGGGGGACUGACUCUGGUUUUAAUGAAGAGCCAAGCCUGUGCAUGCUUCACUGUGUACAGAGGAAGAAUGACACAGCGUGAGAGAGUUUGUCGAGUGAGGAAAAAGAAACCCUGCAGGCGUUCAUCAGCUCCUCUGUGUUGUCAUCAGGAACCCACCGAGUCUCCACUGAGCAGCAGCAGCACCCAGCAGAGCCAAUUUCAUCUCUCAGCGUCCCCUCAGAGGCUUGAAUGGGAUCAACUCCACCUGAUUCAGCUGACUGCGGCGACCCUGACAAACUGGUUAGAGAGUCCGGACGUAGAUUUGGACCUGGACAUUCAAAUUGGUCACAGUUUGCUGCUCAGGCGACGUAACGCUGCAGGCUUUUUAUUCCAGGCAGAUGCACCAGAGGGAGCUCAGCAUUUGGCCUCAUUGGAGUGAUUGGUAGCUGCCAGCUGUCCCUAUUACAUUUGUACAGUUUUUGUGAAUAUUAUGGCAUAGCUCCUCUUGUCAUUGAAAAAUUAAGUCAUUAGGUAUGCUUUAUAUGUUUUUGUAUUGUCAGCCAAUGGCUUCAAGAUUUUGAAUGAUUCACAUGAGAUUAAACUGCUCGCAGAACACGAUAUGCAGCUUACAGCUCAGUCACAUUAGAGGAAAAAGGACGGCAACCAUCUGGCAGAUAGGGAAAUUUGUUGGUUGAAUUGUUCGUUGCAAACUAAAAGACUACCCAUAAGUUGAGCAUACAACACUCUCAACCUCUGGGCAAUUACAUUUGAUCCCAAUGCAAUUGCACAGGUAGCCUUGUGGGAUGAACCUGUCUGCAAACAUCUUGAUGUAUGCUCAAUCAUCCAGGUAAGUAAAUCCCCAAAAGUUGAUUCUGUUUAUCUGGAUGUAGCGUUUUCAGUGGGAGAAACGUUUCAUGAGUUCUUCAGUCUCAGCUGACUGCAGGUUUCCCCAACAUUAUAAACAGUAUGGUACUCAUGGCCAUUGAUCAGUGGUCUUUAAUCCGUGAUCUUUGAUCAGUGGUUGUUGUCAUGAGAAUUUGCAUAUUAAUGAUUAACGAACUGACCUCACAGUCCAUUGUUACUUCAGUGGUGCUAGUUUCAGUCAUUAUGUAAAUGUAUUGUCUUUAAGGUUGGAGAAACCUGCAGUCAGUCAGCUGAGACUGAAGAAAUCACUUGGAUGAGUGACGAAACGUUUCUCCCACUGAAAACGCUACGUCCAGAUGAACAGAAUCAACUUUUGGGGACUGUCUACAAACAGUUCCAGUUUGACUCAGACUGUCUGCAGUUGCUCUUGGAUUGAUUGGCGAAGGUUUGCAAAUAAUUUGACCGAUUGCCAAUACAAUGCUAUCAUUCAGUCAUUUUGCACCACUUAGUGCAAUUCAUCUGCAAUGCAUCUCAAAGCAGCACGGGACUCGACUCAGCUGGUUGCAGACUGGUUAUGUUCCUAUACAAAUACCAGGUUGCUCAGCGCCUGUUUCAUUCUGCUGUUAAAUUGCCGUCCUGCAGCAACUACGUCACUAUUUGUGGAAGAUUUUCUGUUUGAAGUCUAUGAAGUGCCUAUGUGGCAACAGAUUUUUAAUGCUUCACCGCAGUUAACUGCCUUAUCAGCACAAACAGACUGCAUGUAAUUGCCAACUUCAGCAACUUAAGCCCAUCUUAUUUUCAUGAUUUCAUUUUAAAGUUCACUGCACACGGCCACAGUAAUUCUGGCCUUGCUGUGGACUCGAACCAAACUUUGGCAUACAAUGACGUAAAUGUUGCCUUCACCAGUUGUUGUAACCACAGAUGUAAACUAUAAAGAAUGGGCGUGGCUCCCCAGGAACAAAAAGUGGAAUAAACCUGUAUUUUUUCUUAUGGCCAGCAGGGGGCAACCCAUCUUGUAGGGGAAAAUGAAGUUUAGGGGGAAAUUGCUCCACUUCACACUUCCUUUAUGACCUGCUGAUGAUUUUAUGGUCUCAGUUGCAAGCCUAAAGUGUGACUGAAUAAAACAUGAUGCUCAUUUUAUAUAGGAUUUGAUCCGAUUGGGGUAAAAAUGGUGCAGUCUACGACCUGUGAGUAAGAAGUUGCUGUCUAUCUUACUUGAAUAAUACCUUACUUACCUAAAAACCAUACCAUAUAAGUUCAAGGAAAUUCCCUGGAAUUUAUACGCCUCCUCAGAGUAUUCACACAUAAAUGAAACUGAGCAGGAAACCUGCCGUCAUCCAGCUUCAGUGGUGCCGGUGUUGUGCCAAAAACUGAUUUCCAAUGUUUGCGUGUGUUUUUUUUAUGUGUAAUAUCGUUACUUAUGUUGCUAAAUAGAUUUUGGUGAACAGGUAUUACAAAGGGGUUAUAUAAAAAAUUUAAAAAUUACCUGUUUCUCAAGUAUCUUUGUGACUGUGUUAUUGCACUUACAUUAUAAUCAAUCAGCUCCCUUUUGUCCACUUAAAAUAUAUUUACAGAACUAUUUUCACAUUUGUUGCAAUUUCAGCUGUCCUCUUGGUCAGAUUACUCUUAAAAGAGACAUUUUUAAAGUCAACAAUAUUUUUUUUUAAUUGCAUACAUAAAGGAUACAUAAAAGUCACUGCCAAAAACUGAUUGCGGCUUCUACCUUGUUACAGGAAUGUUGUUUGUUGCUCAAGAUGACGUGAUAUCAUUCAUGAGGGAUACAUUUGACAUAUGUUUCACAUAUUAUACACCAACAAGUUAUUUAUAGCAGUUUAAAUACAAGCAAUCAGUUUUUGGCAAAUACGGGAAAUCAGUUUUUGGCAGACAAUCACUUUUUGGCACAACACCGGCUCUCUCCUUCUCCUCAGAGUUUCAGUGGACGACAUCUUGAUCCACAUACGGCAGUUAUUAUUUUUAUUUUCUAACGCAGCUCUUCCAGCUUCUAAAGUGUGAAAAUCUGCUACAAAUCUUUGAUGUUGGGCAAAGUGUGGUGGUAGUCGUGAUGAAAACAUUUCUAGCAUUCACUGUAAACCUUAUGAACUGCAUUCAUUCAUGCUGUUAAUUACCUUUGAGUUUUAGAUCAACUGUAAAAAGCUUUUUUGUUUCUGUCUGUAA